GGAGCCCUUUGAGUCGCCUCCUGCGUGCCCAGAGGUGAGGGGAUGCCGGGAUGAGGAGUCGUCACGGUGGUUUGGGGGUGAGCCGUGCCCCGAGUCCCCGGCGGCCUGUGGCGGUCGCCCGCUCGCGGCUCCAGCAGGCAGCCUGCCCGCUCCUGGGCUGCGGCCACCGGCCUCCCCAGCACACGGUCUCAGCACGCGGCAGGUGCCUCCUUCCUGACUCCGCGCAGCACGAUCCCGAGGCGGCCCAGGCAUCGUCACGCAGCCAGUCCAGGAGCUUAAAAUGAUGGACGGCACGUGCCACCCGUCAGCGGGGCGGCACCUCCAGCUAGCUCCGACCGGCUCUCAUAUGUAGCAUUUUAGAGACACUGUUUUCUUUCUCUCUUACCCUGGAUUUUUUGCAGGUCCGCCUAAAUUUGGACAAAAGAUGUGUUCCAAGAGAACCCAUUUAAAGGACUUCAAGCGUAGGUGUGUCAGGACUAGGAGACGGGGAAGAGAAUGGCCGUUUAGUCUGCGCUUGCCACGUGCCGCAUCCUGGAGGAGGUGUUGGAGCAUGAGAGCAGCUCGGUGGAGGGCUCUGCCCAGUCAGCCCAUGGCUUCCGCACUGUUCCAGGGCUUCGGGGGCAAGGCGUCAAGGCAGCGAGCCGUGUGCUGGCCCCGGUGCGGGGGGGUUAGCUGCUCGUCACGUCUUACUCCGUUCGCGUCUUCCAAGUAAGCGGCGUCCGCUUGUGUGCAGGGAGCGGCGGAGCCUGGAGUGGCCAGGGCAGCCCGCGCGGUUUUCCAGAGUGAGUUGCAGAGGCAGGAUCCAGAACCAGCCUCUGUCGGGCAUUCUGAUGAGACCUCUAAGCAGGGGUUGCUGUCCUCGGGCGCCGGGAAAAUCUGCGCUAAGCCCGACAUUUCCGAGCUUAGGAGAAGCUUGAAAGGAUCCGUUUCGGCGGCCACCAUGCCUAGGGCGCUUCGGUGUGUGCAGCGGGUAGCAGGUUCUCAGCUACAUGGACAUCUCCGCUUUCCAGAAUCUGUGCGUGUUUCUGGAACCCGCCGGGUACAGCGGGUCUGUCGAGAGCUGUGCCGUGCGAGUGUCAUCGUCUGCGCAGACACCAACCUGUAACGGCAGCGGCUCAGCGGAUUCCUACACCAGCAGGCCGUCCGACUCCGAUGUGUCUCUGGAAGAGGACCGGGAGGCGAUUCGGCAGGAGAGGGAGCAGCAGGCCGCCAUCCAGCUGGAGAGAGCCAAGUCCAAGCCCGUGGCAUUCGCUGUGAAGACGAACGUGAGCUACUGCGGCGCGUUGGAUGAGGAUGUGCCCGUCCCGAGCACAGCCAUUUCCUUUGAUGCCAAGGACUUUCUCCACAUUAAAGAGAAAUACAACAAUGAUUGGUGGAUAGGAAGGCUGGUGAAAGAGGGGUGCGAGAUUGGCUUCAUCCCAAGUCCGCUCAGACUGGAGAACAUACGGAUUCAGCAAGAACAGAAAAGGGGACGUUUUCACGGAGGGAAAUCCAGUGGAAAUUCUUCUUCAAGUCUUGGAGAAAUGGUAUCAGGGACAUUUCGAGCAACACCCACAUCAACAGCAAAACAGAAGCAAAAAGUGACGGAGCACAUUCCUCCUUAUGAUGUCGUGCCAUCCAUGCGUCCAGUGGUGUUAGUGGGGCCGUCACUGAAGGGUUAUGAGGUAACAGACAUGAUGCAGAAAGCCCUCUUUGAUUUCCUGAAGCACAGGUUUGAUGGGAGGAUAUCAAUAACAAGAGUGACAGCUGACAUUUCUCUUGCUAAGAGGUCUGUCCUAAAUAAUCCCAGCAAGAGAGCAAUAAUUGAACGUUCGAACACUCGGUCCAGCUUAGCGGAAGUACAAAGUGAAAUUGAAAGAAUCUUUGAGUUGGCAAGAUCUUUACAACUGGUUGUUCUUGAUGCAGACACCAUCAAUCACCCAGCACAACUUAUCAAGACUUCUUUAGCGCCGAUUAUUGUUCAUGUAAAAGUCUCAUCUCCAAAGGUUUUACAGCGGUUAAUUAAAUCCAGAGGAAAGUCCCAAAGUAAACACUUAAAUGUUCAACUAGUGGCAGCUGAUAAACUUGCACAAUGUCCCCCAGAAAUGUUUGACGUUAUACUGGAUGAAAAUCAGCUGGAGGAUGCGUGUGAACAUCUGGGGGAGUACCUGGAAGCAUACUGGCGUGCUACCCACACAACCAGUAGCACCCCCAUGACCCCUCUGCUUGGAAGGAAUUUGGGCUCAACUGCACUCUCACCAUAUCCCACAGCGAUUUCUGGGUUACAGAGUCAGCGUAUGAGGCACAGCAACCACUCCACGGAGAACUCUCCAAUUGAAAGACGAAGUCUAAUGACCUCUGAUGAAAACUAUCACAAUGAGAGGGCUCGGAAGAGUAGGAACCGCUUGUCUUCCAGUUCCCAGCAUAGCCGAGAUCAUUACCCUCUCGUGGAAGAAGAUUACCCUGACUCAUACCAGGACACUUACAAACCCCAUAGGAACCGAGGAUCGCCUGGGGGAUAUAGCCAUGACUCCCGACAUAGGCUUUGAGUCUGCAGAAGCAAACAAAAAAUUCAUCUGUUGACAAUUUGCCAUAGCACUGCUAGGAUAAACCAAUCAUCUUAACUUGGCAAGUACAGCACGGUAUUUACUGUGCUUGUGGGCUGUUGUCAUUUGAUGCUAAGCAAGGGGCAAAAAACAACAACAAAAAAGUACGUUAUGCCCUUAAGUCUAGAUGGUUAUUAGAUGCCCAGUCAUAUAGAUAUUUUUAAGCUCAGCAUUUACAUAACAGUACCUUUUGUUUUCUUCAUUAGAUUUAGACACAUCGAUUUGUAAUUUAGGGUACUUAUCAAGGCACAUAUAAAAUAAUUUCCCAUGCUGGAAAUUCCAAAUGACCAGUUCCAGUUGGAACCAAUUUAUAAACCAAUUCCUGUUGGAAUUUGGGUGAAUCGACUAGAAAGUCUACUUGAGCAUGUUGCAGUCAAUUUAAAAAUCUGAAAAAAAAAAAAAAAAAAAACCAAAAAAAAAAAAAAAAAACAAGACCCACAAAAACAACCAAAAACCUAAUUAAUAAAAAAAUCAAAAUACCGAAAGAAGCCAAAACCAGAUAUGGUAUUUAUUUGCUGGAAGCUAAAUUUACACUUAAAGUUGAAAUGUAUAAACAUUUUAACAUAUGUUAAUGUAGACAUAAUGGCUUUUCAAACUCACCAAAUGUAUUGAUAGUGCCAAAAAAAAAAAAAAACCCACCUCAAAUUAAUUCAGAAAUUAUACACUAUCCUCAGAUUUUAAUAUUUUUGUUUCUCUACUGGCACAACUGUUGUAUUCAAAGUGUUUUGCUUUUUGUUUAGUCACUACUGUUAGCUUGUUUGAAGUUGGCAAAAAAAAAACCUCAAACUUUCUUUAGCAGUGAGAGAGAACACUAUAGAGAAGCCCAAUCAUAGGUGGUCACGGGAAGUGGAAAAGGGGUGUUUCCCCUUUCCUGGCUCUGAGCACAACCACAUACAUCCAGGAACCUGAAGUCAGUGAGGAUGGGCACAGAUCCUCCUGAGCACGAAGCUAAACAUCUCCAGAUGGGAAUUCAUCUCUCCAGCUUCCCACAAACAUGGGCCGGUAUUUCCUGCCAGCACAAUUGCAUAUCUUUCCAUUGCUCCAUUCAGUCUCUGUCUUCGAAUAUGUGAAUGUUCUAGCCCUUCCCCAAAUUCUUUAUAGUCAUGCUAACGACCUGUUUUACAUGGAAUCAUUCAAUUUUGAUAUCGAAAGCUGUGUUUAUACAAAAUGAUCAAAUGAAAAAAAAAUGUGAAAACAAAUGAUGAAUUUAAAAGCUUGCAAUAAAAAGUAAACUCAUAAAUUCAGAGUAUAUUUGAAUCGUAAUUAAAAUUGCAGCAUUUUUAUUGUCUAGAAUUAUAAAGAAUUUGGAGAUUGAGCUGCCUUAUUUCUAAUGAACAGUCCUGUUCACCUGUUAAGUCUUGACAGUUUUUCCAGUGGCUAUAAUUAUGAAAUUGGUGACCUUCGUCUUCUAUUAUCAAGGAAGCCUUAGAUUCACUAUGAUCCAAGGGAUUACUGAAAUUGACCCUUUUAUACAAUACGCAAAUAUCUUUCAGAAAAGACUCUUGUUUCUAAAAGUCCACAACGCAUGCGUUUUUCUAAAGCCCCAGUAGGACCAGGCGUAAAAAUACCUUUCUACUGGCACGUGUCAGGAGGCCUAUAUUUUGAAGACAAUAAUAGUUGAUUUCUAUUACCCUAUUUUCCUCCCAAGCCUCUCAAUCUCUAGGCUUUCAGAGCAUGCACCAGUUAAAUGAUUUUCCUGACCCAUGAAACCAAGUUCCACAUUCUCGAUUGUGAUACACACCUUGAACCGCGUCAUGACGUCCCACAUUCCCUCCCCUCCUGUUCACCAUGCAUAGUCCAUCGUGACCCUCUUCAGCUGUAACUGUCUAAGUUAUCUCACGUAUUUGACACAAUCGGAAAUACGGGCUCAGUCAGUUGUAAAGGUUAACAUGUGAUAUUGGCCUGUGAGGUUCUUUUGUCAUCUAGUGAAGCUUACAGAACUUUCAGUUAAGACAUUUGAAACAGCUGCAUCCAUUAGACACUUCAAUAAACAUAUAACCUGCCAUUACUGAAUACUUGGUUAGAGCACAGAAGAGCAUUUUCCAGCAAACGAAAUAUAUUUAUUACAUGUACAGCACAUAUUUGCAUGAGAAAGAAAACAUUAGCCAAAACAUUUUUCUAUAUGCUUUACUGGUUUCUUGUUUGUGCGCAUUAAAGUAUUUAAUUGCAAAGAGUGCACCAAGGUGAUAAAUUUAGACUAGACAGCUGUUCAGCUUUUUCUGUAGUAGCAUUAGCAAUCUGGUCAUUUAACUACUUUAAGAUACUUACAUUUUAUGGCAGGUAGCUGCAACAGCAUUUACAUAUAUUUCCUAGUCAGCAAGAUUACCAUAUUCUUUCCAUUUUUAAAGACCACUUGUUUUUAAAAUCCUCUCAAAGCCUUGUUUCUAAGUCUUCCAUGUCAUGCUGAUAAAGAGAGAGGUCCAUUCAAUAUCUGUGCACAAAACCAAUCUGUCGUUUGCCAUCAAGUGUCCGUACCUGUUCUGCUUUGCAUUCUUAUUCAAAAGCUAACAAUCGUGGAAAGGGUAAAAUAUAUAUUUUCUUGAUGGAUAUAUUUAAAAUUUUACGUUGACUUGGCAUAUUCUUUUCCAUUCCUUUUGUAAAAAGUUUAUCUUCUCCAAGUAAAUAAGAGAUAUACAUUUUCCUUUUUUUAGUGUUAGAGUUUACUGUGUAAAUGAUGCUAAAAUACAGAUAUAUACGAAAUGAAAGUUUUAUUUUUGCCAAGCAUAUCAAGCAACUUUGAAAAAUACAUAUUCCACAGACACUUUGUUUUUAACUGAUUUCUUUUCAAAAUAGCAAAUGAUAAGCAGAAGAAACAAGUCUUACAAUGUGUUGAGGCUGUUUUACCUUGUAGAAGUCACAUAUUCCGUAACUUCAGUGUAUGUAAUAUCAGAAUAUGUAAGCUACAUAUUCUAUGAUUUCAGUCUGCGAACAUGUAACACUGUAGACUCAUGUGACAAUGUGAAAAUGUAGUUCUGGGGGAAAAAACAAUGAAUGCAGUUUGUCAGUCCUGAUGCUAAUUCUCAAGGCUAUAAUGUGACUCCAGUAUUAUAAUCAAUGAUGUUAUCUUGUUUACUCCAAUAUUUAAAGCAACACUUGGAAAUGUUUAUAAAUGACUGAUGAUUCUCUCUUAUCUUUAUACAGUUCUAUUGGAAAGCAUAUUGAAAUUAACAAUUUGGACUGAUAGCCUUUCCUAAUAAGAGAGUCUUAAUUACGUGACAAUAUGUCAUUGCACUUAGUCCUUAAUGAAGUGAAUUUUUUAAAUAUAAAACAAAUUCUAAGAAAAUUAUUUGUUCCCUUUGAAUAAUUUGUUAAUUACUUUAAUUAUUAUUGUUGUUGCUGUUUGCAAAAUGUAUUUUUGGAAUGUUAACCUCUUUUCAUACCUGCAUACUUGAACUUGUCUUUUUGUGUGGGGGCCUUAAAAUUCAUAACAGGAAGCUAGGGCAGUGAAAGGGAGGGAGAGAAGGAAAUUACGCCGAGAGAUGGCUUGCAAAUCUAAGCCCUGAAUGAACAUAUCAUAAAAUGUUGUUGAGACCCAGGAUGUCAGUCAAGAAUGUUCCUAGGCAACCUUAAUUUGCAUGCUAGCGUAAUAUUUUAGUUAUACAAUUUUAUUUUGGUAUUUGCUAAAAAAUAAAAAUUAGUGAUGCCACUGUAGAAAUUGCCCUAUAUAUUAAUAUUUAUACUACCUCUUCUCUAGAGAAGACAACUGUCUUUUAAGAGAAAAACACUUUUCAAGAAGUAGUGAUCAGAUUUAUUAUGCUUGUUGCUAACCUAGCUGCAAAGCUAAGUGCAUAAAUCCUUAAAAUAUACUUUCCCUUUACAUUUUAAACUGUUUCCAGAAUACUCGUCACCCCUCAUUUCUUCCAUGUUGGUGAAGUUUUCUUUGAAUUGGUUCACAGUUUAUCAGGACACAAGGUUAAUUUAAGAAAUCAGUCAUCAUAGGGGACAAAACACGCUGCAAGGGAAUUGCCCCUGUAUGCAGUUUGUUUUAAUAUCUAGCUCUAAGCCUAAAAGAGUGGAUCCAGAAACUUGAUAUUUAAGUGCAGCUGGUUUGAAAAUUCAAAUUUUUGUUUAUCCUUAAUGUUUCCUGUGGCCAGUUAGCCAUUUCCUAGAUAAGGUAUGCAUUAUCUUGGACUCCCAUGUCAUUGGAGUAAACUUCAUACAGAUGUUUUAAAUAAAUGGGAAUGUACCCCUUACUUCUUUUAUAUUUCUGCCUUUGUGUUUCAUGACAAUGUUGCAUGUUGUUUUCUUUUUAAUUAUAUAAAAUUCAUCUUUGAAUGACUAUAUGAAUGACACUAUAGCAAAUUCUGUAAUAAAAUUUGUUUUAUUAGUUCCUCAUAUCUUUAAAUAUUGUUAAUACUCUGUUACUAAGUUACUUCCUCCAACUGUGUCUAUAGGGCAGAGAACAGGCCACCUCUUCUACAUGAUAAUUAUGAUCAAACCAGUCAAUACGAUAGUUGUCAGCAGACAGCAAGGAUAACAUUUUUGUUGUUGACUUAAACAGUCAAAUUAGUCAAAAUAGUAAAACUGGGUUAUAUGGACAGAGAGCUACAGCAUUCAAAAAUUACUUUUCAAAGUUUUCUUCUUUUCUUAAAAUGAACUUUCUCAAGUGAAAUACAUCCUCUUCUAGCAACCAUCUUUAUCUUUUUGUGGAUGGUUUAAUCCCAAAUACUUCCUGUAAUUGAGGGACAGUAUGAGGUGACUAGAAAAUAUCUCAUCAGAUCAUGUCGAGCAGAGGCUGUAACUCCCACUUACCACGAGAAACUUCUAAAUAAGGGUGAACAGCAAGAGUGUUGGAGAGUCAUAGUUACAUAGGAAACUUUCCUUUGUUUCUUUUGAUGUAUGUAAAAUACUUGAGGAAAGAUGGUAGAAAAUGUUCCUAACAUCCUCUUUGAAGAUUAUAAGGAGUUAAAACCAGAGCUAUGUGAGAACCCAGAGUGGCUGGCCUCUAGCUUUUCAAUACUUUGUAAGUAUUCUUGGUUACGUUUUGAACACCCAAUUUUCUUGACAAGUGGCUGUCUGUGUUUAUGUAGGGGCCACCCUGGCCCUACUUGCAUGCCAUUUCCACACUUUUAACUGAAGUCAGUGUGAAUUCUGUAUGCAUAAGGAUGUAUCAAAGAUGCAGGACCAUUAAUGCUAUAUUGUUGCAUACUAUUUUUCAUAUGCCUUACAAUAUUUUCUGGGAAGUUAUUAAAAUGGGAGCAUUUUAUUGCCAGAAUAAAUCUAUGUUGUUACUAGUUAUCUGCAUUAGCAGUAGAAAAAUAAAUAAUGUAGCAAAACGUAUAUUGUAUAGUACAAAAUUAUAAAAGAUAUAUAUUUUGCCAAUAAUAUGGAAAUAGAUCGAGGAGAGAGAGGAGAAGCACAUUUGUUAUAGCACAAACUUAUAACGAAAUCCACUGUUAAAUUCGGCAGUCAUAUUUUUAAGAGUAUAUAGAUUUAACUCUAAGUUUUAUCAGAUUUAUUUCAUCUACCAUCUUUUUAACUUGCUGCUUGAUACUUUUCCAGCAAUUUACUUCAUAGCCUUGCAAUCUGUGGAUGUAAUUUAUUUUACUUUAUUCCCUUGCAUAAAAAUUAUUAAAUGUUAUUUUGUGAUGAGACUCAUACUAUAUUUACUGUUCUUAUUUCUGCUCCUUCAGUAACAACUACAAAAAGUAAUGGCAAGUGAGCUCAUUGGGCUCCUCUAAAUUUUGGACAUGUCUGAAAUGCAUUGUAUUUUUCACAGCCUAAAGUCAGGAUGAUAAAUAAAGGUGUCCCAAUAACAACAAAAAAAGUAAAGUAUUUAGGGAUUCUUCGAUUUGUUUUGUACUGAAUACUAUUUUGAAACAUAAGUUUAACGCCAUUAGCUGUUUUUUUUUUUUUUUUUUGAAGGGGUGGCGGGAGGGGAAAACAUGAAUUUAUUAACACUAAAAAUAGUGUUAGUUAUUUUUAACACUAAAAAUAGUAAAAAGGCAAGUUGAUGUAAAAAGAUUUUACCUAUUACUCUGAGGGCUGUUGGAAUCCCAAGCUAUUGCUAUAUCUCCAGGUACAAGUGGGAAAAAAAGUAUUGCCUUUGUCAAAUAGUUUUUUCCUUUUUUUGAAUUUUAGUUACUUAUUUUAAUAAUUUACCCCCUUUUAUUUUUCUUAUAUAGGUAAAUGUGUAGCAUUCUACAAGGCAUGCUGGGUAAAAUAUACUAUGCAAAUGUGUACAGUGCUGCAUGUUUUGUUCUCCCUCUGCUUUAGUGGCUUUAAAGAAAAAAAAUGUGUUGUUAUUUUUGUGAACAAAAACAUUUAACAAAGAAAAUGCAGAGUGCAUGCAUAGAGUAUCCUAAUUUCUAUGGAUUUGUUUUAUGGAAUUUAAAUGUGUACAAACCAACUGCAUUAAUUUUUUCUUUUGUAUAAUAAAUGAGAAAACACUGAAA